UGUUUUGGUAGCUAGACAGGAAAACGCUAACCAUCGAUCGUUGACAUUUCUAUACCUCGAGUUCAAAUUUGUCAGGCUCGUCUUUGAAAAUCACAAAUCAAGAAACACCGAAGCCCUCCUCACCGAGGAGCUUUCGGUAUAAUCAAAGGGAAGGAAAGCCAUAAGGGUUGUAUGAUCAAAACAGCGUCCCUAUACAGGUAGACAUCGUGUCCAAGUAGUGGCAGAGCUCCGUUCUCCAAUCAGUGGAGAAGAAGGCGAGGGUGAACGCCAGGUGUGGUGAGAGCGGUAUAAGAGCGAAGAAAGAGCUCGAGGAGCUGCUGGACGAGAGACCAGAGAGAGACCGUUCGACUAAAUCACGCGCGACCAACCAAGUAAUAUAAUCCAAUGUAUUACGGUCCCCCCGGUUCCGCCGAGGAAGCCGCCGAUGAAACAUGUCGCUACCACGGGAAUGGAGCUUUCAGGACGCGUGUCGGGCGUCGAGCCUGUUGGCCGACGUCGACAUCGGCGUCCCUACGGCAGCGUCCCAGGAGAUGGCCGUCACCGGCGGCAAUCUUAUUGACGAGAAUAUGAAUGAUCAGCCGGCGACUCAGCUGGGCUCGCUAUUCUCCAUCCAUUCAGCGCCGGUGUACGAUCUGAGCGGUGUCGCCAGCGGGGUGCCGUCACCGAAGCGGCCGGCGUCCUUGGCGGUGCAGGCGACGGCGACGUCGACGCCAGUCGUACCGCCGCACCUGCAGAGCCCCGAAGGCACCGUCGUCGAGGACGAGGACAACGACAACCUGCUGACGAUAUCCAGUCUCACUGCCCGGCCGCUCAUCGCCAAAUCUAGGGAGCUCAGAUCCGUCAGAUAUGCAGCUCCGAAGAGAAGGAAAUCCCGGCAAAGAAACGAGAUCAAGAAACCCCGGAACACCACGUACGUCCCUCUGGACGGUGGUUACGGCUGGGUAGUAGUGUUCGGCGCCUUCUUCGUGCAGUUCUGGGUGGCCGGAUUGGUCAAGUCCUAUGGAGUGCUCUACGUCGAGGUCAUGGAAACUUUCAAGGACUCAUCCGCCUCGGUCGCGUCUUGGAUACCAGCGAUUCUGACGUGCCUAUGUUUAGCGCUUGCUCCGGUAACGAGUAUGCUCUGCCAGAAGUAUAGCUGUCGAACGGUGGUUUUCGUGGGUGGACUUUUCUGCGCUCUAGGACUUACAACUAGUUACUUUGCCACGCGAUUAAUACACCUCUUUUUUACAUUUGGAGUGCUGACAGGUAUCGGCGGUGGCUUAUCGACGACUCCAGGUAUAAUCCUGGUAUCGCAGUACUUCGACAAGCAUCGUGCUUUGGCAAAUGGGAUUUGCGUGUCUGGCACUGCCGCGGGUAGCUUCGUAUUCCCGCUACUGAUCGAAUUUCUAGUGAAAGACUUCGGCUUUCACGGCACAAUACUGCUAUUAGGCGGUUGCAUGCUGCACGUAUGUGUCAGUGCGACACUGUACCGACCACUGGACGAAAAUUAUGCUCCUGAGGAAGACGUCUCAGUGGAGAAGAUCGAGAAGGAACUGAAAGAUCAGGAUCAGGACAAAUCAAAGCAACAAAAAUUGGAAUUAUUGUUCGCCAACGAUCCAACUGCCCGGCACAACAUGCUAAACGAAUUGUUCCACCAAAACAGCGGCGUGGUGGCGGUCGAGCUAACCGACAGUGACGAGGAGAAGGAUGUGAUGGGCGAGGGUCUCCGCAUGAAGCCUAUUUCCAAGAUUCGUAGCUCUAGUAUCUUGCACAGCGUGGAGGAUCUGUCUACAGACUCGACGUGCGUAUACAAGGCCGCCAGAUCAUCGCUCCGAUCGUUGAAGUCGUCUGUGACGGCGAUGGGUCCGCCGGAACAGCAGCAGCAACAGCCACCGCCAUCGCCGCCGAAUAGGAUUCCGUCCUUGACGCUGACAUCGUCGACGGAAUCUAAGAUCACGUUCAUGCAAAGACUAACGCGCUAUCUCGACUUGUCGCUGCUGAAGAAUCCGCAGUUCAUCAUGAUGUGCUUCUCCGUCAGCCUGAUGUCCACUGGUAGCCCAUACAUGCUGUAUUACCUGCCAGCGUAUGUCCACGCCGCUGGUUACACGAAAUCGGAAGCCGGCUACCUGGUGGCCAUCUCCGCCGUGCUCGAUUUGUGCGGCAGGCUCGGUCUUGGCUGGCUCUCGGAUCUCAAGCUGUUCGAUCGGCGGAAAGGAUAUAUUGGCAGCGUGGUGGGUGCUGGCGUGGCGGUCUUGGCGAUUCCGAUGGCUCACUCCUUUUAUGUGCUGGCCUGUUCCGUCGGCAUGUACGGGUUGUGCCUAGGCUGUUGGUUCCUCCUAGUUCCCGUCCUGCUCGCCGAUCAAUACGGCACCGAUAAAAUAUCGUCCAGCUACGGUCUCGUGAGGAUGUUCCAGAGCUUUGGAGCGAUCUCCAUUCCGCCUCUCGCAGGUUAUCUUCGCGAUGUAACUGGAAGCUACACUGUGUGUUUUUUGUGUAUGGGUACGUGCAUGGUCAUAGGGGGUUUACCUCUACUUUUGGUUUUCAACGAGAACCAAACAAAUCCAACAAAGCUGCCCGUGAACGCCGAGAAUAACAAUCGUCAAGAGGACACUACCAUAAAAGGAUAAAUUAUUUUGAAAAUGUGAUCGUUGACUAUAAAGUGAUUUAAUGUGUA